GGCCCGCUUAAUACCCCAAAAUUUUUCUCUCUCCUCUGUCCUCCCUUUUCUUCUCUCUCUUCUUUCUCUCACUCCCCAUCCGAAGAAAGAACCCUAAACCCGGCAAUUCCCCGUUCGUCCUUAGAUAUCUAAUGGAGAACGUUAUGUGGCACCACAACGGAUUGAAGUUUGUGAUUUCAUCUCUGAUUAACUAGUUUAUCUCUUUUUUGUUUGAAUUUUUAACUUAGUUUUCUACAAUGGACGACGGUGAUGGUUUUCGUAACGACAGUUUCCGUAACUGGGGGUAUUAUGACACACCCAUCAAGUCUCUUAACUUGCAUUUGGGUGGUGGAGAUCGGAAACCAUUAAUCGGAAGCCGUGAUUCUGCCUUGAUUCCGAAUUCGAAUUUUCAUCCAAGGGAUUAUGUGAUUCCAAAUUACCACCAGGUUGAUUAUCACUUGAGGGAUGCUUGUUUUUUUAGAGACAAUAGUAAUAAAUUCUUUAAUAUCUUGCCAACUAGUCAUAGUUAUGCUGUUCCUACUGAGCCUGCCCCGACCCAUCAUCAGGGUCAUCCUAUGCAAAUGAUACGACAACUCGAACCCUCGAAUGAGGAAAGGAUGGUUCAAGCUGAACCGUCUAAUGUUGAGAUGAAUGAUGGUCCGUUGAAAAAAAGAUCAGCUGGGAAAGCUGAAAAACCGCCUAAAACUAAGAAACCGAAGAAAGCCCCUAGUGGUUCAAAGGACGGAGGAAGUGGUUCUACCCAACGAGCGAAGUCUGCGAAGAAAACUACUGAGGUUGUGAUAAAUGGAAUUGAUAUGGACAUUUCUACUAUUCCCAUACCGGUUUGUUCUUGCACUGGGGCGCCUCAACAAUGUUAUCGCUGGGGUUCUGGUGGGUGGCAGUCGGCUUGCUGUACAACUGUGAUGUCAGUGUACCCCUUACCAAUGAGUACUAAACGACGUGGGGCUAGGAUAGCUGGGAGAAAGAUGAGUUUGGGGGCUUUCAAGAAGGUGUUGGAAAAGUUGGCAGCCGAAGGUUAUAACUUCUCUAACCCAAUUGAUUUGAGGACUCAUUGGGCUAAACACGGUACGAAUAAGUUUGUCACGAUCAGGUAGAUGUACACAUCAGAUUCUACAAUUGGCUUCGAUUUUCCUCCGGCCUGCUUCUCAUGUACAUUAGUAUGUCACUUGAAACUGGGGCUCGUUAAAAUCGGUUUGUAGUCCUUGAAUUAUCUUCUUUUUCUCAAGUUACAUGUUCUUUAAACUCUACAUUUUGCGGAUCAAAAAUUUGUUGUUUCAUCCUCAUUUCUGGUUGUAGUUAAGGGAAUCUCACUAAUGUAUGGCUGCGUGGUUAGCAAAUAGUGGAUGAGUUUUCAUUUAUUUCUUCCUUAGAGCUUAAGAUUUAUAGUUGACAGUCUCAUGUUAACAGAUAACACUCUUUGUUAUAAAGGCUAAUUUCUGCUGACCAGUGAAUUGAAUGAUAAACCUUUUUGUUUGUCA